AUGGGGAUUAGUAAAGUUAAGGACACAUUUAAGAUAAGAUGUUAUUUCUUCCAACAGGUCAUUCGGUCCCCAUCAGAGCACCACCCGGCUCUCUUCACAGAAGCGGUCUGGACGACCAGGCCAGCCCGAGAGAAGCUGGCGGAACUGCUCUUUGAGAAGUACCAAGCGCCUGCCUUCUUCUUGGUGAAGAACGCUGUGUUGGCUGCCUUUGCCAACGGGAAGUCGACGGCGCUGGUGGUAGAUGCUGGUGCGAGUCAGACUUCGGCUGUGCCGGUCAUUGAUGGCUACGCCAUAACAAGCGCAGCCGUACGGUCGCCGGUGGGAGGCGACCACCUUGCCAACCAGGCGAAGGCCAUGCUGGCGUCCAUGCAUAUACACAUGCUGCCUGUCUACAGUAUACAGAGCAAAGAAGUGAUCCGCGAGAGAGAGAGGGCGCGCUACACGCUGAAGACUCUGCCCGCCGGUCUCACUCACUCGUGGCAGCAGUACAUGCUUAAACGGCAGUAUGAGGACUUCUGUCAUUGCAUCGCACAG